AUGGCGGAAGCGGAAGGAAGUUCCCAGCUCCAGUGGCCGGCGCUCCGACCCCCGCCCGGGAUGGCGGAAGUGGAAGUGUCGACGGCGGCCCAGAAGGACCAGAAGCAGGGUGCCGCCGCCAUGGACGUGGAGCGGAGCCGUUUCCCCUACUGCGUGGUUUGGACACCCAUCCCGGUGCUCACGUGGUUUUUCCCCAUCAUUGGCCACAUGGGCAUCUGCACAUCCACAGGCAUCAUUAGGGACUUCGCUGGCCCUUACUUUGUUUCGGAAGACAACAUGGCCUUCGGGAAGCCAGCCAAGUACUGGAAGCUGGACCCUGCUCAAGUGUACGCCAGCGGGCCCAACGCUUGGGACACAGCUGUGCAUGAUGCCUCUGAGGAGUACAAGCACCGCAUGCACAAUCUCUGCUGUGACAACUGCCACUCCCAUGUGGCGCUAGCCCUGAACCUGAUGCGCUACAACAACAGCACUAAUUGGAAUAUGGUCACACUCUGCUUCUUCUGCCUGCUCUAUGGGAAGUACAUAAGUUUUGGGGCCUUCGUGAAGACCUGGCUGCCCUUCGUCCUUCUCCUGGGCAUCAUCGUAACCGGGAGCUUGGUCUUUAACCUGCGGUGAUGGCUGCCUGACACCCUCAACCCACCAGCAUCCUGAGGAGGCAGCUGCCACCUCCUUUUGUUCCUGAUCUCUUCUCACCCCAAGAAGUGGACCCUGGGGUCUGGGUUAAUCAGGAUGGAAUAAAGGCCAAGAAUAGGUUCCGGGUGGGAGGGGGGUGUUUGCCUACUGCAUCUCCUGGUCACUCAGAGGACCCCUGUCUUCUCCCUCUCUCCUUGAGGCACUUUUGUUCCUCUUUGGCCCAACUCAGUGUCCCCCUGUAGAUCUUACAUCACUCUGUGCUGGGCCUUCACCUCUGCCCAGUGCCUAGGGGGUGGAGGACACUGGGGCCAGCUAGACAUAGAGCCUGACUUUCUCGGGUGAGGGCAGAGAGUAUUCCUAGGAGUCUUAGGAGCUCAGCUGCCUUGAGCCUUUGUUUUGGACCUGCAGAAUGGGCCUGUGGGGCUGGCAGGACCCAGCUCUUGAAGCUUUACCUGUCUCAGCUCUGGGAUAGUUUGCAACUCAUCUUCUGAUAUCCUCCAGCACUUGGGCCCAUCUCCACCCUUCAGUUUGUGACAGGGCUCCCUCCAGCCAGGCUAGAGAAGUGAGUGACUUCAUCUGUGACCAGAGACACCCCUUGUAACUGUAUUCGUGUGGGAAGAGCUGGGUGCAUUGUUUUUUGUACGACAAAAGUAGCUAUUCUCCCACCUACCACAACCCCUUCUCUCCAAGUUUGUGGAAGGGGCCUAUGUUUCCCUCCCCCUGCUCCAUGAUUCCAUUGUGGGUGCUUCCUGACAGGAUAAUAAAGACUUUGCACUGAGA